AAAAGAAGAAAGAAAAAUCUCAUUUCUUUCAAUUCUCAUAGUCUCUUUGGUCGCCUCCUUAGCAUGGCAAUCUUUUCCUGAUACCGAUUGUCUCUCUCAUCUCCUUUCUUGAAUUUUUUCUUUUUGUGUUUGUUUCUCGUCAAAAUUCUUGAGCAUUAAAAAAAAAAAAAAAUUAUUCCUUUUGGCUGAAGCUAUAUUCCACGAACUGAAGCCACUCGCCGCGUUGGUUUACGGCGGUGAGGAUGUCAACUCCUGCAAGGAAGAGACUGAUGAGAGAUUUCAAGAGGUUGCAACAAGAUCCUCCCGCAGGCAUAAGCGGUGCCCCUCAGGACAAUAAUAUUAUGCUUUGGAAUGCCGUUAUAUUUGGGCCUGAUGACACCCCAUGGGAUGGAGGUACGUUUAAAUUGACACUUCAAUUUACGGAGGAUUAUCCAAAUAAGCCACCGACAGUUCGCUUUGUUUCUAGAAUGUUCCAUCCCAACAUUUAUGCGGAUGGGAGUAUUUGCUUGGAUAUUCUACAGAACCAGUGGAGUCCCAUCUAUGAUGUAGCAGCCAUACUCACAUCUAUCCAGUCAUUGCUGUGUGAUCCAAAUCCAAACUCUCCUGCAAAUUCAGAAGCUGCACGAAUGUUUAGUGAGAACAAGCGUGAAUACAAUCGGAGAGUUCGCGAAAUUGUUGAGCAGAGCUGGACUGCUGAUUAAUUUUCUCCCCCUUGGUUGUUAGGAAACUUUAAAAUUUCAGUCAGACUGGCCUGUUUGAAUAACAUUGAAAUUUGAAGACUAUUUGUGAUUAUGUGUGAUAUUUGUCUGGCUUCCAUGGACAGAUGUUCGCCACUUAAUGUAUCCCUCUUAUGUAUUUGUCUUCCAUCAGCUUGUAUAAGAAAAGGUGAGUUCUUCUCAUUGUUUCGAA